ACUGAUAAAGGUGCAAACAACAUGUUAUACUUAAUUGGGUUAGGAUUAUCUUACGAGUCUGACAUCACCGUGCGUGGGUUAGAAACUGUCAAGAAAUGUAAGAGGGUCUACUUGGAAGCAUACACUUCCAUAUUGAUGGCGGCAGACCAACAAUCACUUGAAAAAUUUUACGGCAGGGAAGUGAUCCUCGCUGACCGAGAACUCGUCGAGACUGGCGCCGACCAAAUCUUGGACGGUGCUCAAGAAGACGACAUUGCCUUCUUAGUAGUGGGGGACCCAUUUGGCGCCACUACCCACACCGACUUGAUCAUCAGAGCUAGGGAAUUGAACAUCCCCGUUGAAUGUAUCCACAAUGCUUCGGUGAUGAACGCUGUGGGUGCCUGUGGGUUACAAUUGUACAAGUUUGGACAAACUGUCUCCUUAGUGUUCUUCACUGAAACAUGGAAGCCUGACUCGUUCUAUGAUAAAGUCAUGGAAAACAGAAAGAUCGGGUUACACACGUUGUUAUUGUUGGAUAUUAAAGUCAAGGAACAGAGUAUCGAGAACAUGGCCAGAGGAAGAUUGAUCUAUGAACCACCAAGAUACAUGGACAUCGCCACUGCUGCUAGUCAAUUAUUGGAAAUUGAAGAAAAGAGACAAGAACAAGCUUAUACUCCAGAUACCCCAUGUGUGGCAAUCUCCAGAUUAGGUUCCCCUAGCCAAAAGUUCAAAGCCGGUACCUUGAAAGAAUUGAGCGAGUACGACUCAGGCGAACCAUUACAUUCGUUGGUGAUGUUAGGAAGACAAGUCCACGAUUUAGAAUUGGAAUAUUUAUACCAGUAUGUAGACGACAAGGAAGCAUUCAAGAGCUUUGUCGAGAAAGAUCAAGAGUUCUUCAAGCCUCCACCAUACGUCCCUCCUGAAGAUGAUAUGAGCGAUUAGAUACAUUAACUAUAUAUGUAUAUAAAAAUACACGAUUAUUCCUUCUU